AUGAAGCCCACCUCCCUGAUCAUCAGUGCUCUGCUUCUCUCUGCCCUGUGUGCCCUGGUGUUUUCUCAGUCAUAUGAUGUGUUUGCAGACAGCCAUGGUCCAGAUGAAUGCUGCUUUGACUAUGUAACGAAAAUCAAAUAUGAAUCUGCAAUGAUCAGCUACAAGAAUACACAUCCAAGCUGUUCUCUAAAGGCUGUGAUAUUUACCAGAAGAGAUGGAGCAAAGCUGUGUGCUGAUCCAUCUAAAGAGUGGGUGCAGCGCAUCAUGAAAGGUCUUGAAAUGGGAAAAAAUUAG